AGUAUUCCGGUCGGACGGAGAAUAGUCGGAGUGUUUUAUUGGGUGCUCCGCUAUUUGCAGUAAACUCCAAGCGUCCAUUAAAAUUAGUAUUAUUUUUUUUAAAUAAUUGAAAGUCAAAUUCUCUACCUCAGUUCAACAGUAAUGGCAGGGAACUUCUGGCAGAGUUCACAUUACCUGCAGUGGGUGCUGGAUAAGCAGGACCUACUGAAAGAGCGUCAGAAAGACCUGAAGUUCCUCACAGAGGAGGAGUACUGGAAGCUGCAGAUUUUUUUCGCGAAUGUGAUCCAGGCUUUGGGAGAACACCUUAAACUCCGACAGCAGGUUAUCGCCACGGCAACCGUUUACUUCAAACGCUUUUAUGCAAGGUACUCUUUGAAGAGCAUAGAUCCAGUGUUGAUGGCUCCUACUUGUGUGUUUCUAGCAUCUAAAGUUGAGGAAUUCGGUGUCGUUUCAAACACUCGCCUUAUUUCUGCAGCCACGUCUGUGUUGAAAACUCGAUUCUCGUACGCCUUUCCUAAGGAGUUCCCAUACCGAAUGAACCAUAUCUUGGAAUGUGAGUUCUACCUACUGGAGCUUAUGGAUUGCUGUCUGAUUGUGUACCACCCCUAUAGACCUUUACUGCAGUAUGUGCAGGACAUGGGUCAGGAGGACAUGCUCCUCCCACUAGCAUGGAGGAUCGUGAACGACACGUACAGGACAGACCUGUGCCUGCUCUACCCUCCCUUCAUGAUCGCUCUGGCAUGUUUGCACGUGGCAUGUGUAGUGCAGCAGAAGGACGCUCGGCAGUGGUUUGCUGAGCUCUCUGUGGAUAUGGAUAAGAUCCUGGAGAUUAUUCGUGUAAUACUGAAGCUGUAUGAUCAGUGGAAGAACUUCGAUGACCGGAAAGAAAUGCCUUCCGUCCUAAACAAAUUGCCCAAACCCAAGCCACCGCCCAACAGUGAGAACGACCAGAGCGCUAACGGGAAUCAGAGCAGCUCUUACAGCCAGUCCUAAAGCUCCCUCUGUCAGGGCAGGCAGCCAGGCACAUGGACCCCGGAGAACCCAGACCACACGCACAGCAGCACACCAUGGAGCUCUGCUCAAGUCAAAAUGUGUUUUGUUUUAAAGACUAAGGAAUAGUAGACACCUGUGAGAGCAGACACGAUGCCACUGUGUGCAGCUAAACUUUACUUACUGUAUGGAUGCACAGUGCGGGUCUCUUUGGUAUGGCUCAUACAGCUUGGCUUUAUACACACACACACACACACACACACACCUCUGUCUGUGAAGUGUGUUCAAUGUGUUGCUCUUGAUGAUCCUGACUAUCUUGAAAAAGCAAAGAGAAAACUUGAUCAUGUUUUUCAUUUGAGAGCGCGUGCACCUCUUGUUGACCAUAUCACAGUUUGCAUUCCUCAGGGAAACGGCUCUACUAAAAGACUGGCCACAGGGCUGUAUGGUGGUGAUCUUAUCGGACCUUGUACUGUGUACUCCCCUCCUGCUUGGAUAGUUCUCCUUGGGUUUGUUGCGGUUAGGCGUAGGCACUGUGAACCAGAGCGUACAGGUUGUUUCCUUUAGAAGUGCUCGUUUACCAUUUUCUCCCAAAACUGCACUUGUAAAUAUGCUUUGUAAAUGUAUAUGGAAAUAAAAUCUUUAAGCUCA